GAACACAUCCUCAAAGAAACAAAAUAUUUCCAAUCCUCCGAAAGAAAUCAUUGCUUUUCCUAGCCCACCCUUAUAAUUCUCGCUCAUUGUAUUUGUUGCUUAAAGCUCGUCCUCUUCCCUUACCCUUUCUCUUUCUCGAUCUCUCUCUUUGAAGAGAGAAAAGAAAACAACUCAGGUGCCACCAUCGCCAUCUGAAAGAAUUCCAAGCAUAUUGUAAGAAAGAGAAAAAAGAGACCCACUAGGCCACCAAAGUCACUGAAUUGAGGGUCACCUACAGAUCAUGUACUAGGAGCAAAAAAAAGGUGUUGGGGUUGUGGUUGGGAAGAGAAAAAAAAAACAUAUAAUUCCAACACAUGAUCAUGGAUGGUGAAAAUGGGAUCCGGAGGCCAAACUUCCCUCUACAGCUUCUAGAAAAGAAGGAACAACAAGAACAACCUUGUUCCAACACCGGAAACCCGGAGACAAGCUCCAAAGCUAGCUUGGAUCCACCAAAGAAACCUCCCCCUAAGAGGACUUCAACCAAGGACAGACACACCAAGGUGGAAGGCCGAGGCCGUCGCAUCCGCAUGCCUGCAACGUGUGCUGCUAGGGUUUUCCAGUUAACAAGAGAGCUUGGUCACAAAUCAGAUGGUGAAACCAUUGAAUGGCUGCUUCAACAAGCUGAGCCUGCAGUUAUUGCUGCCACGGGGACAGGUACUAUUCCUGCAAAUUUUACGUCCCUUAAUAUUUCACUCAGAAGUUCAGGUUCCAGUAUGUCAGCUUCCCACUUGAGGAAUACUUAUUUCAAUCCAAAUUUUUCUACACAACAAUUGACGAUGAGGAGUGAGUGGAAUCAAAGGAAUGUGUUUGACGACUUAUCUUCUCAGCAACAAAGGAGGAUUUUAUUUCCCGGUGUUGCUUUAUCAUCAGAGGAUUCAUCAAACUUUCCCAGUAGUAGUAGUGUGAACGCUUUCUUGCAAGCUAAGCAAGAGUUGCGGGACGCUAGUGUGGAUGUGGUGGAGGCGGCGGAUACUAGUAUGGGGAAGAAGAGAAGGCCUGAGCAGCAAGAAUUGUCACAAAAUCAGAUGGGAAGUUACUUGAUACAAUCGACCACAGGUUCAAUUCCGGCGAGUCAUAAUCCGGUUCCGGCAACAUUUUGGAUGGUGACAAAUCCUAGCAACCAAGUCAUCAGCGGGAGUGGUGCUGGGGAUCCUAUGUGGACAUUUCCUUCAGUAAGUAAUUAUACUAAUAUGUAUAGGGGUACUAUGUCUAGUGGGGUGCAUUUUAUGAACUUUGCUACUCCAAUGGCUCUCCUGCCUGGACAGCAAUUGGGUUCAGGAAUUGCUGCUGGUGGUUCUGUUACCGACAGUCAUUUAGGCGUUAUCGCGGCACUAAACGCUUAUAGGCCGAUUCCAGGCACCAGUGUUUCAGAGUCUCCAGCCAGCGGAUCACAUCAAGUACAUCAUGUUGGAGAAGAUAGGCAUGAUUCAACUAGCUAGCGUUCGGCCAUGCCUUUAGAGCAAAUUACAAGUGUAUGGCUUGAUCUUGCUUUAUUCUUUUUCACUUAUACUGUUAGUAGUACAUAUAUGUUCAAUUUGCAAUACGUACGGGCGCAAGUUUGAAUGCUUUGAAAUUGAGUGUGAUAUUCGGUUUUGUUGUGAGUAAUGAGAAACUUAUUAAUUAGGGUUUGAUAUGAGAGAAUUAAUAUUAUAUUAGCACUAAGCAUAUAUUAGCGGUUGUUUGAGGUCUUUUUUUUUGGGUAGUGACUGAACAGUUUGAUAUCAAUGUGAGACUAGAUA